AUGAGCGAACUGUUCAAUUCCGAAACGAAUCUUCGGAGGAAAGGGCCUUACCCAACAGCAAGCCUUCAGCACGAGUGUAGUGCCCCUUUCGCACAUUCUCCCUUUCUAGCUAAUGUCGCCGUUGCUUCUUCCAGGACUGCAUCGCACCUUUUCCAGUCUCGCAUCGCAGUCCAGGCUAGUGAUCGUCAUUGCACAACUGUACAUCCUUCGCUCCUUCAAAGCUUCGGCAAGCGUAGUAUGCGAGAUACGGACGGCAAUGUUGGCGUUGGAGCCAGGUGGGACCUGGUCGGUGUGACAGAAGUCCCAGAGGAGGAGCUCGAGAGCGGCAUCUGGGCCCGAGCUGUCGAGAAAGGGCUGACGGUCGACAACCGUAAUGCGCUCCAGUUCAUGGGGAUGUCACAAGAACAAGAAGCCGGGCGUCCGGUUCCUGAGCUCUUUGUUGGCAGCAAGCACAUGCUCCACGGCGCAGUGCUGCGACGCAGACAACAACUCGGAAAACGCAGCACUGUCCAGCCUGCCGUGCCGAAUUGCGUCAACCCGUUGGAGCACGCCGUGUAUUGUAGGAUCGAUCAAGGGCGCUUUGGCGGAGAGGGGCGCGUUGAGGAAGAGGAGUCAUCGAGCGGGGCUGCGAGCUCGUGGGGCUGUCGCUGCUGCUGGAGGGCGAGUUCUGGGUGUAUCGCGACCGUACAGUUGCUGGUCGGCGGGCGGGUUGUAGUGGUGGGCAUUGUGAUGGGUGACGAGGCUGGGCAGGGCUUCCUAAAAUUUUCGAUACAGAGCGGUCCACGCGCGCAGCUCUUGCGAGUCCACGUGGCGCCACAGUCGCGAGACGAAUUCGAUGCUUGGAGCAGAGCCUUGUGUUGGCGCGGGCAAGCAAGCCAGCGCUAUGGAGGUAUCAGCGGAGCUUCAGCUCAACUACCACCUAACCCUCUACAGCCUGUAUCUAUAUCCGCGCUCUCAGCGACUAGUGCCGAGCUCGCCGCGCAAUCGACGGCUGAGUCUCAGGUGUGCGAAAACCCCACCUUCGCGCUCCGGCUGUCCUGCUCCAAUAUCCUCCGCCUCCAAUCGAAUAUUAUCGAUCUCGUCUCAGACAUCAGCGAGUUGCAGCUGACAAAACGCGCGGCGGGCCGUGUGGGAGCUUGGGGCUGUGAGGAGCGCCCGAAUGAAUGCAUUCGCAGAUAA